UUACAGAGGAAACGUAUCGAGGAUGAAAGGAAAAGAAAACAAGCAGAGACGGACCGAAAACGAGCUGAAGUUCGUGCUCGUCUCGAGGAAGCGUCCAAAGCUAAAAAGGCCAAGAAAGGUUUUAUGACCCCAGAGAGAAAGAAGAAACUCAGGUUGCUGCUGCGUAAGAAAGCCGCUGAAGAGUUGAAAAAAGAGCAGGAAAGAAAAGCUGCCGAGAGACGGCGUAUCAUCGAGCAACGUUGUGGAAAACCUAGACCUAUUGAAGAUGCCAAUGAAGAAACUCUGAAGCGUGUUCUACGCGAAUACCACACUAGGAUCUGUGAGUUGGAGGAUAAGAAAUUCGACAUCGAGUAUAUUGUCAAGAAGAAAGAUUUCGAGAUCUCCGAUUUGAACAGCCAAGUUAAUGAUCUCCGAGGAAAAUUCAUGAAGCCGACUUUGAAAAAAGUAUCCAAGUACGAAAGCAAAUUCGCUAAGCUACAAAAGAAAGCAGCUGAAUUCAACUUCCGCAAUCAACUAAAGCAAGUGAAGAAAAAAGAAUUCACCUUGGAAGAAGAAGAUAAAGAGGAAAAACCUGAGUGGGUGGAGAAGAGAAUAAAAGAAGAUGAAGUCGAGGCAUAA